AUGAAUAGGCAUACCCUACAGGUGGAACCAGGCACUGAAGAACAGGCUGGCUGGCGAGACAACCUAGGACCUGAGUUUGGCUUGAAUAAGGGUCCCAAGAGCCACCAAUGCCCUUACUGCCCCUACAACACCAACUUUACAACCCACCUUCAAAACCAUGUGCGGACACACACUGGAGAGAAGCCAUACCAGUGCCAGUACUGUUCUCUUCGUUUUGCCCAGAAAGGAAGCCUUCGAUCUCAUAUUCUAACACAUACUGGUGAAAAACCCCAUGCUUGCACACACUGUGGCUACAGAUGUUCAAGAAAAAACACUUUGAAUGCGCAUAUGAGAGCUCAUCAUUUGUAAUGCCUUGAGACAAAGAGAAGUAUAAAAAAUAUGGUCACAGUCACAGCUUAAUUAAUUCUAAUGUAACUGUUUCUUUCAUUUCUAAAAUAUGACAUGAUAGAAGUAGUGCUCACAUGUAACAUCAACCAUAAAGAUGUCGCCUAUAUACAAUUCAAAUUUUUAAAAAUUGUAUAAAA